ACUUUAGUUUAAUAUUAGUGGACUCCGGACAAAAAUUACUUUGAUCGUUUAAGCAGCUUCCGAUCUGCCCCCUUUUCCUUGCUGCUUAUUUGAAAAUGCAUGGACGACCCCGAAAUCCCGAAAAACCGGUUGAUGAAGCAGCUUCUGCUGCAAAAGCCUCUAAAUUACGCAUCCUUCAAUCCCAAUUCCUCCAGUUUCAUCAUCUCAAGAAUUAUGACAAAGAAGCUAUAGAUGUCAGUUCAAAGCUUCUUGAGAUUAAUCCGGAAUUCUACACUGCCUGGAAUUAUCGCAAACUUGCUGUAAAUCAUUUUUUGAAUCAACCUGGAGCUGAUCCAGAGUCAAUUUUGAAUGAGGAGCUUCGCAUUGUAGAGAGUGCAUUGAGACAAAAUUUCAAGUCAUAUGGAGCAUGGCAUCAUCGCAAAUGGGUGCUUAGCAAGGGUCAGUCAUCUGUGGACCAUGAGUUACGUCUCUUAGAUAAGUUUCAGAAGGCUGAUUCAAGGAAUUUUCACGCAUGGAACUACCGCAGAUUUGUGGCGGCAUUGAAGAAUAUUCCCGAAGAGGAUGAGUUGAAGUAUACCACCAAUAUGAUUGCAGGAAAUUUCAGCAAUUAUUCUGCUUGGCAUAACCGCAGUGUACUACUGUCAAAUUUACUAAAACGAAAAGCAGAGGGUUUUUUCCCGAAAGAGAAGAUCUUAACCGAGGAGUAUGACCUUGUGCACCAAGCAAUUUUCACUGAUCCCGAUGAUCAAAGUGGCUGGUUUUAUCAUCUUUGGCUCCUUGAGCAAACUGUAAUGAGUGAUUCUCCUUGGUUGAUUUCAUCUUGGCCUCCUUCUAAUUCUCAGCUGUUCAUAUCAGCAGACAAGUCAGCCUCUGGUUGUAUGGUUUCACCAUUUGUAACCUACACUUCUGAUGGAGGAACAAUUCCGGUGAUUCUAUAUUUUAACCAAGCUGUAAGUGGUGUAAAUGCAUCUAGUGUUGCCAUCAGAUCUGCACUUGCAGAAAGUAAAGAUGUUUUAUGGAGACCAAUUUCAGGUGACAAAUAUGGGAGAGCCCAGGCUUGGGUUGGAUUACUUAAAGUUUCAGAUUUGCCGCCGGAUAAUUCCAUAAAUCAUUCAGUUGAAGUUAGUGUAGAAGACUGUUCUCAGAUCAUCUCUCAGGGUGAGAGCUGCUUAAGUCAAAAGUUCCUGUUAAAAUUUAUGGUCUGCUUUCAGCACCCUGAUUCGGGGCAUGUUGAAAGGAGGAAUGUAGAGGUCAUUUCAUGGGAGGAUUCCAAUUUUCAAAAAUUUGAAAUGAGCCCUGGGGAGUCAGAUUUGAUAUCAUCAUUCAACCCAUUGCAAACUGGCAGAAAUUGCAAGGAUCAAGAAGUUAAUGCAUCUGAGUGGAAAAUGGAAACGUUGGCUAAUGAGAUUGAGAUCUUUCGUGAUUUGUUGUCAGUCGAAGAUUGGAAAAUUGGAAAGCUUACACUUGCUAGGCUGUUGACAGCUCUAGACGCAACUGUGAACAUAAGUUCUUCAACUUCUCCUCAGAUGGUGCAUGUUCAAGAAAUUUUGGCGUUAUAUUGUGAUUUGGUAAAAAUGGAUCCUACCCACUCACAGUAUUAUAAAGAAGAACAUAGUCUGGCCUUACUACGGCAGGUUACUUGUUGCAAGGAUAAUUUGAUGAGAUAUUGUUGGCGCUAUGGGAAAUUAGGCGAGUCAAUUGACAGGAGCCUUGUUUGCUUGCGAUUGAAUAGCUUAUCACUAGCAAGAAUCGGGUCUAUGGAAAAUUUAUUGUGGGUUCGAAUGCUAGAUCUUAGUUGCAACGAACUUGGAUCACUUGAAGGAUUGGAAACCAUGCAACUUCUUUCUUUUCUGAACCUGAGUAAUAACAAGAUCAAGAGUUUUACCGCCUUGAAUCCUUUACGGCAUUUGAAGCUGCUUAAAGUGCUUAACAUUUCACAUAAUGAGAUUGGGAAGCAUUCGAUUGACAGCACGAGAUACCUGUGCUCCUCGCCUUUGACUCACACCAUAGCAGAUGACUGGAAGUUGGAUUUAUCGUUGGAGGAUGGCAGCCAACUAUCAAAAUAUUGGGAGGCUUUUAUCGUUUUUAAAGAUUUAGCCCUGAUUCAGCUUGAUAUAAUCGGAAAUGCCAUCGUUGAUGAAGAUUUUGAAUCGUUCUUAUGCAAAAUUUUGCCUACAUUGAAGUUUCUUGACAGCUACAGUUUAUAGAUGUGUUCUUUUGUUACUGAAAACUUGUGAUACUUUCCAUUGUUUUCACUAGGCAAGAAAAUCGAUAGUAUAUACUCCUUAAAUGAAAAAUUGUUCUUACACUAAUCAUUUGAUAGCACCUUUAUGUGGUACUGUUACUAGUUUCAACUGAACUUUGUGAUUUGCCUCUCUUAAAGAUGCUUAACACUUAAGAUAAUCUUCUUUCUAAAAGGCAUGCCACGAAAGUCAAGCCCCUUUGAAUAUCAAAAUAUUCCGAUGAUUCGAUCUCUCAAUUCAAAAAUUACUAUGAUUAUAGAUUGGAUUU